AUGUGGCGUAUCUCGGGGCUCAUGGCGGAGAUGACCACCAUGGAGAGCUCCCUCACGAACCUCCGCGAGCAGUUGGAGGCGGAGCCAGAUGACCUGGAGGAUCCGCUGGCAGGCGCGCUUGCGGCAAGCGCGAAAGCGGGGCUGGGAGUGUCCCUGUGA